GCGGAGAGCGAGAAGACGGGGACUUUGGCCCUCGGUUGUCAUAUGGAGGUGCCGAGACGGCGGCAGCUUCUCCUCUUUCUCUGCUUCCGCUUCAGCCCAGUGACCUCUUUGAAGUCGACAGAUUUGCUCCAGAGAUGGCUCGGCCCACCCCUGCCGAAGAUCGAGGCGCGGCUCGGGCUCGGGCACCGCUCCGUGUCGGAGCGAGGUGACUUCGACCUCCAGGCCGGCCCUGGCCGAGGAUCGGAUGUGCCCUUCCGGGACGCUCUGCGAAACCAUGCAGAUUCAAGCCUGUGGAAACCUCAUCCUGAUCCAGUAGGGAUCUCCGCGGGCAUCGUGGUCUUCUUCUACGCCGUCUACUCCUUGUACAAAUACCAGCGCGAGGCCAACCGCAUCAUCAGCCUCUUUGAGGCCAACACCCAAAUCAAGGUGGCCAACAAGAGCUCAAAGGGUCUUCCAGUCUUCCAGAUUUCACUGAGCUCUUUGCAAGUCGGCAGUGUGCAGGAAGAAGAUUUGGUGUACCAGAUCGACACACUUGACAAGGCUUUCAAAGCGCGAAAAGCUCCGCUGGCAGAAAACCUUAGAGUCUUGCGUGAUGGCAUCCACGACAAGGAGAUGGCCAUUUGGAAUUUGGACCAUGGAGAGGAAGAAGUGCUGGGCCCGAGGAGCCUGGCCUUCGUUCACGGCCACGUCUUUGCGACGGUAUGCUCUUUGGUGAUUGUUGCCAACAUGGUGGUGAUGUUCGUGCAAUUCCAAGCCGAGGAGAAGCAGCCGUGGUUCGCUUUAGCUGACAAUGGCUUCCUCGUCUUCUACUGCCUCGAGCUGAUCUUGAAGGCACUCUACUACCAGAGCGGCCUGCUCUUUGGCCGCUGCUCCACCGUGUGGUGGAAUUGGCUGGACCUGGCCAUUGUGGUCAGCGGUCUCCUGGAACAGGCUGUCCUGCCUCUUCUGGGCAGCGGCGGCCAUCUGAACCUCACCGGUCUCAGGGCUUUGCGGCUUCUGAGACUGGCGCGGGUGGCGCGUGGCCUCAAGCUUCUUCGAUUCCUCGUGGAGUCCGAUCUGUCUUGGACGCAACAUCCGGCCUUCGAGAGCUUUAUGAUGGGCAUGAUUGUCUUGAACGCCAUCGUGAUGUGGCUGGAGCUGGACUACCCCGUGGCUUUUUGGGGGAUCCUGGAGCACGUGCUGCUGGUGAUCUACUCCUUUGAGCUGACGGUCCGUGUAGGCUUCCACGGCUGCAACUACUUCGUCCACGAGGACUGGACCUGGCACUACCUCGACUUCGCCAUCGUCAUGCUUGGUGUCUUUGAGCAGUGGAUGAUCCCAUCUUAUCAGUAUCUGCACGGACUGAUUCUGGGUCCCAGCCACGCCUCAACAGUGUCGAUGCCUGUUGUCCGAAGCUUGCGCGUGGCCCGUGUCUUCCGGGUUCUACGGCUCGCGCGCUUGCUGAGGAGCGUGAAGCAGCUUUACAAGCUCAUCAAUGGCGUGGUGCAAUCGCUCGCAAGUGUCGGAUGGGUAAUCCUUCUCACGUUCUUGCUGCUAUAUUCUGCUGCUCUGGUGUUCACCUCCUUAGUGGGACAGGGGUACAUUUACAACGAUCCUGACGAGAUGCCCGAAGAAGCUGUCCAGUACUUCGGAACGGUGUGGCGCUCCUUCUUGGCGCUCUUCAAGCUGAUGAACGACGACCAGUCAGUCGUUGCCCCCAUCAUCACCACGAUAACUGGUCAGAUCUUGUUUUAUGCUUUUAUGAUGCUUUCCAACUGGAUGAUGCUUGCGAUAUUGACUUCUGUAGUCUCAGACAACAUGAUGUCGGCAAGUCGAGUGAAGGAGGAGGAGGACCGAAAAAAAGCUUUCGAGGAAGACCAGCAGCGGGCCAAGCGGCGGAUCCAACAGAUUUUCCGCGAGCUGGACGAAGAUCAGAACGGCUCCAUUUCUGAGCACGAGAUGGUGACACUCCUUUCCGACCCAAAUCUUCAGGCAGAGCUCUGCGAAGCUUCCCGUCUUCACCCGGCAGAUUUAGUCGAGAUGCUCUACUGCAGCAGUUAUCGAACGCCCUCGAACGAGAGAGUCAUCCUCUACCACCAGUUCCUGACAAUGCUGCAGGACGAAUCCGGACAAGCGAAGGAGCGAUCGAUCUUCAAGGUCAUGGAAAGCAUGAGGGCCAUGGAGUUCCGACUGGAGAAGCGCCUGAACGCCGCGCUCCAGUACUUGAACGUACCACCCGAAGAGGUGGAUGGAUUGCCCUCGCUGAAUCAAGAGCUGGAGCGCACACGAGAGCUGGAGGAUUCUCCGGCACGCUCCCUCGCCAAGCACCUCUCGCGAUCAAGGGAGCUUUCCGAGAAGGCAGCGCGCGGAGAGCCUUUGCCGAGCAUCGUGGUCAUCAGAGGCCACAUUGGAGCUGAUGGCGGUGAUGUCUGCACGGUCUCCACGGGAAUCCAUGGCCUGCGGGAGCGCAUCGGUGAGAUUGAGCAGCCAAAGAACGCCUGGAUCGAAAUCGCCCGGCAGGCGAAGUCGGACCCGCAGCUGCGCGGAGUGGCCGAUGCGGUCGUGCAGCGGACGGGCGUGGAUGCCGAUGAUGUGCCCGAGGUGCCGGAGCCUGGAGAUCCCUACGCCAGGCGAAGCAAAAACCGCGGCGAGGGAUCCUUGGUCGUUGCUGAGAUCCUGGUGGCCAGGAUCUGUGCAAAACACCAAAGUGUCCGGCGGGAGAAGACCACCAAGAGGGUGACCAUCAAGCGCCCUCGCAGAAAUGAGAGCUACAACUGUUUCCAUGGAAGGCGCGUGUCCGACAGACUCCACAUCAUCGAUUUGGACGGCAAUCGGGCCGACAUCGAGUUGCCACCAGCUGAUGCAGUGGGCCUUGCAGGCGUGUCUGAUCCACCGCCUCUUUUUCUGCCAGUCAGUGAUGUUUGGACUGAAUUCACCCACUACCUCAGAAAAGAUGGGGUUACAGGUCCGAGUGGGCGACGCCAGAGGUUGGAUGACCUGCCACCCAUGCGUUUGUCGGACCCGUACACCUUGCUCUCCGAAUUUAUCUUCCUUGACGUGCAGUCGGCGGCGGAUCUGGGCGGUUUUCCUGGCAACCCGCACGUCUUGGAAGAGAUCGGCGAGGCAUUCCGCGUCGGCCAGACCCCGGCGAAGUUCCUCUGGGAGCCGCGAGGCUUCUACGACUCCGUGCGUGGGGGCGGCUACGACGACGUGCCGGCCUACGCCACGGGCCGGUUCCGGAAGACGGAGAUGAUCAGCGCCCGGGAGCUCCUGGACCGGGCGCAGGCAGCAGGCAAGGAGAACACGCGCUACACGCCCCAUUGUGAGCCGACCUUCACCCGUGGUGAGCUCGAGCAACGCAGGGAUGAGGAGAACUGCUUCCGGUACACGGAGCUGGCCAUCCCACGGGGGAUUCCGGUGACGAUCCUGGCAAGGCCCAUGAUUGCAGAGGCUGGUACCGGUGAAGGUGCUGAUUGCAACAUCCGGUUGGUGUCGCCCCAGGGCGAUGAAGGUCCGCCCCACGCUGACCUGAAGAACCUGAAGGAUCGGUUCCGCUUCCGCAUCCUGCGCGGCCAUCAGGUGGAGAACCUCCUCCGCCAUCGGGAGUUGAAUCCCACGGCGUACUAUGGCUUGGCCUUGGUCGCGAUAGCCUUCAUCGGCUGGGCUGCGUCUGGAUAUCCUGGCCUUGGUGCCUGA